UCAUAGUUAGAAUAGUUGAGCUACCUCUGGAAAUUUGUUGCUGCUCUCGGUGAAGACUGAUUCAGUGUGUGGCUUCAAGAAGCUGUUCAGCAGAGGUCGACUGGACAGGUAUCACUCAAGAUGGAUGUCAAGAAAAAGACCUUCUUGGAGAACUUGCGUCGGAAAGCUAAGUUGGUCAACCUGAAGAAGCCAGGUAAGAAGGCUCUUGCUAAGCAGGGGAGGAAGCUGGCCCAUCGGCGCAGUAUUUCUGUACCAGACUUAAGGUUUGUGCCAGGUGAAGCAUUUUCUACAGAGAAUGCCUUGAUGUCCACUGCCUCUGAUGUUAACUUCUUUGGCAUCUCCCCUGGUGUGAGUGAUACUGAUUCUGUUGCAAGUUGCUCGAUCACUGACGGACCACUUUUCACAGACAAACUGAGCGAUUCAGUCCCAGAAACUAGACUCAAAGUUCCCACAGAUCCCACAACUACUGCUUUGAAUAGAGUAAGUGCACCAGUGGAGACACUGACCCUUUAUGAGGAAAUUGAUGAUACGAUAAAUUCAGGCUCAGAGAGCAAGGUGACCCGAGAAGGCUUGUAUGCACAAGUGGAUAAAAGAGCCAAGGGUAAUGUACCUAAAUUUACUUUUGACGCUGUUCCUGCACCAAGAUCUAUUUUUACCAAUGCACUUGUUAAUUCACCAAGACCAGAUCUUAUAGAGAGAAAGAGUCUCUCUGGUGAAGACACCCCUGGUGAAGACACCCCAGCAGACAGAGCACUUUCAGGUACAAUUGCUGCAGCAUUGGCCAGAGCAAACUCACUGGGAGACCAAGUGAACUCUUAUGCAGAAAAGAAGACCACAUCAUUUGAGCAGAGAAAGUCAUCAUCUGAAAAAGGGACUCCGCCAACAAUCAAAGAAAAUGCUCCUGCAGAUAGAAUGUCUCAGAUAUUAGAUACUCCGGGUACUCCUUUGGAGAGUGCAGAUGGUAACUCUCUGGAUCUGGACUCUGCCUGCGGCACUCCCAAUGAGGAGCGAGUCAACAUGCCCUGGACGACAGACUCGGAGGAACAGGACCGAGAACCCUGCACUCCCUUUUUAAUGAGAGAGUUCUCCACGGAAGAGGUUCUGCUAGAAGCCCAGUGCGAGGAGGCCCAGGAAGAAAUAGCAGAGAUGUCCAGUGAAACUUGUGAUUUCUUUGACGAAAAUAUGCAAGAUCCUCUGGAAAACUCUCAGGUUACGACAGCAGGGCCUGAGGUACAAGUACCUUUACCAGUCCAGAGAUACCUCCUGAGCAUCAACCUAAAGCAGGGAAGAAACCUGGUCAUCCGAGAUAAGCGCUCCGGCACCAGUGAUCCUUAUGUGAAGUUCAAACUUGAAGGAAAACAGCUCUAUAAAAGCAAAGUGGUUUAUAAAAACCUGAAUCCACGCUGGAAUGAGUCCUUCUCCUAUCCUCUUCGAGACAGAGAGCAUAUCGUGGAAGUUCGGGUCUAUGAUAAAAAUCGGACCGCUGAUGAGUUCAUGGGUUCCAGCACUAUUGCCCUGAAAAAUCUUGAUUUGUACAAAACCUAUGAAAUGGCGUUGCUCCUUAAUGAUCCAAAAAGUAAAGAAGAUGACAUGGGAGUUAUUAUUGUUGACGUCUGCUUAAUGUUUAGAGAUGCCACCAUCAAAAGAAGCCCUGUAAAGAGAUGGCCAGUAAAGAAGAAUAAGCAGAACCAGGCCGCACCAUCCCAGCGACCAGCUGACACUCAGAAAAAUCAGUCGAAGAACCAGAUGUGGACUGGGGUGCUUGGUAUCACCUUGGUGGAGGGACAGGACCUGCCGCAGCAUGGCCAUGGGGACAUUUACGUUCGCUUUCGCCUUGGUGAUCAGAAGUACAAGAGCAAGAACCUUUGCAUUCAGGCCAAUCCCCAGUGGAGAGAGCAGUUUGACUUCAAUCAGUUUGAAGAUAACCAGGAACCUCUGCAGGUGGAGGUGUACUCAAAGAGAGGGAGGAAGGGUGAGGAUUCAUGGGGGAUGUUUGAGAUUGACCUAUCGAGACUUCCACUUAAUGAGAGGCAGCUCUACACUCAUGUGCUGGACCCAGGAAAGGGCAGGCUGGUGUUUCUGGCCACCCUGAGACCCUGCUGGGGAGUCUCCAUCUCUGACAUUGAAACAGCUACCUUGGAGAAACCUGAUGAGAGAGACACAGUAGUGCAGAAAUUUAGCUUAAAGAACUCACACAAGUGUAUGGGGGAGGUUGGCUUCCUUCAGGUCAAGGUCAUAAAGGCAAAUGAUCUUCCUGCAACAGACCUCAAUGGAAAAAGCAACCCCUUAUGUGUGGUUGAGCUCGGUAACAGCAAACUUCAAACUCACACAAUCUACAAGAACCUCAAUCCGGAGUGGAACAAAGCCUUUACAUUCCCAAUUAAGGACAUUCAUGAUGUGAUAGAGUUGACUGUUCUUGAUGAAAAUGGAGACAAAGCCCCAAACUUUUUGGGGAAAGUGGCUAUUCCAUUACUGACUGUUCAGAAUGGGCAGCAGAUAUGUCUGUUCUUGAAGAAAGAAACUUUGGGAAAUGUAUCAAAAGGAACCAUCACAUUGGUGCUGGAGGUUAUCUAUAACAAAGUCAGAGCUGGCAUCAGAACCUUCCAACCAAAGGAGACAAAAUCAAUGGAGGAAAAUGUGAAGUUCUCCAAAAAGGUUCUUGCCCGGAAUAUAUAUCGGGUUCGAAAAAUCAGCACAGCAGUUCUCUACACGUUACAGUACAUUAAAAGCUGUUUUCAAUGGGAGAGCACGCAACGAAGUCUAAUAGCCUUCCUGAUCUUCCUUGUGACGGUGUGGCACUGUGAGCUCUUCAUGCUGCCCCUCUUCCUGCUUCUGCUCAUUGGCUGGCACUACUUCCUGCUCACUUCAGGGAAGGCCAGCUCCAACCAGGACCUAGUGAACAUGAGCAUGGGUGACGACGAAGAGGAAGACGAGAAGGAAUCUGGAAAAAAGGGUUUGAUGGAUAAGAUACAUAUGGUGCAGGAAGUGGUACUGGUUGUCCAGAACAUUUUGGAGGAAAUCGCAAACAUCGGAGAGCGAAUCAAGAACAUAUUCAACUGGUCUGUCCCAUUCUUGUCGUGCCUGGCCUGCUUGAUGCUGUUUGUGGCAACAGCGCUAUUAUAUUUCAUCCCACUGCGAUAUAUUGUGCUAAUAUGGGGCGUUAACAAAUUUACCAAGAAGCUGCGCAACCCAUAUACUAUUGACAAUAAUGAAAUACUGGAUUUCCUCAAGAGGGUGCCUUCUGAUGUUCAAAAGGUGCAGCACAGCGCGCUGAGAGCGCCCACCAGCCAGAGCCAGCCGCGGAGGAAAAAGUAAGCUUCACGGACAUGCUGGAUGAAAGGCUGGUCUCCUUUUGAAUAUGGCACAACGCAGUCCACCUGACAACAAUGCUCCAGUGCCAGCAGAGCCCAUGACCCUGUGCACCCCACCAUACCACCCUAACUCUGCCCCCUGCUGCUGAGGGGCAGCCAGCUGCUCUCUGGCUUGUGUCUUUGCUACCCCCCUGACAGAGGCUGUGAACUGCAGCAGCUAGGAGGGCAGCACAUGGCGCUGUCAAUCACAAGCCUGGAGGUAAAGAAAAGAGAGCGCUGCAAGGCUCAGCCUUCAUCUUUGGAUAUAAUUUAGAAAAGGAAUGAAAAGCGUUGGGUUCGGCUUACCUUAGACCUCCACUGUUUUGCUUUGUUUUUGACUUUUGUGAAACUGAGAAAUUUGCCUUAAGGUUAAGUUAAUACAAGCUUAUGAAUUUAUGGAAAACAAAUCAUGGCAAUGUUUUUUCUUUAGCCAUGUGUUAAUAUAAUGAAAGGUCAAAUGUCAUAUAUAUUGCAAUAGAUGUUUAAAUAAUCAUUGAAAUGAUAUGUUUUGUUGCACAUUUAAAAUAUUAGGACAGAGUACUGAAUGUUUUUCUUCUUGUGGAAAGAAUUUGCUGUAUAUAAUAUAAAUGCUGUCAGCUUUCUUAAUUUUAUCUCAGCAACAAAUAUAUAUUUAUGCACUUUGUGAGUAUUAUUUCCAGCUGACCUUUUUUUUUUAAGUUUCUGUUACUGUACGUUAGACUGAUCAAUUUGAGAGUUUUAUUUUUACACAGUAUCGUGUCUGUAUCAUCAAAUGGAGAAUUUACAAGAAUCCUGCAUAAAGAAUCUUGAUCAGUUUGA